AUGCCUCCCGUCCGCUCUCGCGCCCACAAAAAGCCGCCCCCAGCAGGGUUCGAAGACAUCGAAGACACUCUUCUCGAGUACUCGAACAAGAUGCGCGAUGCACAGAAUGCGUCACACGAAGGGAAAAAGAAACACGAAGCGCUCUGGCCCAUCUUCCAGAUCUCGCACGCCCGGUCCCGCUACGUCUACGACCUGUACUACGAGCGGGAGGCCAUCUCCAAGCAGCUGUACGAAUGGCUGCUCAAGAACGGGUACGCGGACGCGUCGCUGAUCGCCAAGUGGAAGAAGCAGGGGUACGAAAAGCUGUGCUGUCUGCGCUGCGUGCAGACCAAGGAGACGAACUUCCAGGGUACUUGUAUCUGUCGUGUGCCGAAGGCGUCGUUGAAGAGGGACGGCGAGGCCGGCGCGGGCGAGGGCGGUGGCGGGCUUCAGUGCGUCAAUUGCGGGUGCAGAGGGUGUGCAAGCAGUGACUGA